ACAGACACAGAGCAGAGGAGUAAUUUCAUAAUUUCUCAUUCAAUUUCAGAUUUGUUAACGAAUUGUUCGUCCCAUCAUUCAGUCUAUCGUCUCAAGUAUCAGUAAGUUAUUACCAGAACUCGUAGCACACACUCAGUGUUUAGUAGCUACAUCUUACUGCAUCAACAAUAGGCUUUACUUAAAAAACUAAAUAUAAUGGAUAUCUUAGAAAUGCACAUUGGUAAUAUCAAGGCAGAAUUUAAGAAGCUUGAUAGUGACAAACGCUUUUAUAAGAACAGCAGUGAGGAACUCUUGAGGAAAUUAAACAUUAUCACCAAUGACAAAGAUUCUGUGUUUUGGAGGAAACAUCAAGAUCUUAAACUAGAGAUUGCAACUUUAAAGAAAAUCAUUGAGGAAAAACAAACCAAGAAUGCUGUCCUCCAGGCAGAAAAUCAGGAUCUCAAAGAGAACGUGUUAUUGAAAAACGUCACGGAAGAAGAAAUCCAAAGAUUGAAGAAAAUAAUUAUUGAUAAGCUUGAGAAGAAUGCUGUCCUCCAGGUAGAUGGACAGGAUCUUGAAGAGAACUCACAGUUGAAAAACAUAAUGGAGGAAAACAGCAACAACAACGAUGCAGAACUCAUUUUAAAAAGCAAGCAAGCUUUCCGAGAAAAGAUCAAAAGGGAAGUCCAAAAAAUAUUUGAGGAUAAACGUAACAGGAAUGCUGUCUUCCAAUCAGAAGAAUAUGGGAAAGUGCAUGUCCGGUGGAUAAGCGGUCCCAAAGAAGCUCUCGAAGAAGAUAAUCAAAGCUUAAUGAAAAAAAGUGAGUAUGAGUGUAAGAACAAUGCUGUCAUCCAGGCACUGAAAGAGGGUGUAGAAGGGCACUCCCAGGUGGAAAAAGAUGUCAUGGAAAGCAGUCAACGUCUCCAAGAUGAGAAUGAAAGCUUGAAGAAAACAAUUGAGGAAGAACGAAACAAGAAUGCUGUCCUCCGGGUAGAAAUCGACGAUAUGAAUGUAAACUAUGGUAAUCUUCAGCGCGCACUGGGUUACCUUAGGUGUGAAUACAGCUACCUCCUGGAAAAAAACAAAGAUCGGCCAGAAAACAAUGACGCUCUCCUGGUAGAAAGAGACGUCAUGGACCACAUCAACCUUGAGGUAGAACUUGGCCACGUCCUGUGUGAUAAUAAGAAGCUUAUGGUAGAAAACGAGGAUCUUAAGGUACAACUCUAUGAUAUGAAGUUAAACUGCGAGAACUUGGUGCAUAAAUGCCAUCUCCCCCAGUCCCAAAACCAGGCAACAAUCGAGGAACUCCAGGAAGACAUACUCCAGAGCAUCAACAAGGCCCUACAGACAAAAAUCAACAAACUUGAGGCAACAAAUGAAGACAUCCAGGAAGAUAAGAACAUGCUUCAAAGAGACAACAAUACCCUACAGGCAAACAUUAAGCAACUGGACGCAACAAACAAAGACAUCUACAAAGAAAAGCCCAUACUCCAAAAAAACAAUGACUUAGAGGCCAAAAUCACGGAAGCCAACAUGGAACCCCAAGAAAGUGAUGGACUCCUGAUGAAUGACAACCUACUUCAUGUAAACGUAAAAGUAAAAAUCAGAGCCUUGGAGGAGAAGGGUAGAGAAAGGCUCAAAGACCUUCCCAGGCAGGCAGAGGUCUGUUAUGGAGAAGUCAAACAGAAAAAGACUUCAGUUUGGAAGACAUGUAAGAGAAUCUUAAAGCAUGGAUUUAAAAAGAAUCCCAUAAGAAAAGGCACUUCCCAAAGUAAUGGCAUUGACUUGAAGCAGGGGGAGUCCGAUGGUGAGUUAAAUGGUAAAAGUAUCACCCAUCACUCCAAAAAGAACUCCAAAAGCAAAGAAAAUCCCCAAAGUAAAGACAUUGGACAGGAACAGUCCGAUGAUGAGUUAAAUGGUGAAAUUAUCUCUCACAGCUCCAAAAAGAUCUCCAAAAGCAAAGGUAAUCCCCAAAGUAAUGACAUUGAACACGGACAUGAACAGUCAGGUGAUUUAAAUGGUAUAAUUAGCACCCAUGGAUCCAAAAGGAACUCUGAAAGCAAAGGGGAGUCUCACAGUGAUGACAUCAACAUGAAGCAGGGGAAGUCACUUGACAAGUUGUUCACUAACUGCGACAACGAACAUCGACCAGGUUGUUCUGGUUUGGGUUUAAAGGCCAAACGCAAAUUGUAAAUGGAAAUUCAUACCUAGACUUUCUGGCAUGCUGCCUUGAAAAGUAAUUUCAUUUGACUUCAUUAACCAUUAUCAGUCAAAACAUUUCAGUUCAUAAAAGAUCUACUUGAAUAAAUUGAAUGAAUAAAAGGUGUUUAAUGAGAUGGUAUGUUGUAUACCAUAUAAUGCUACAUCAAAGAAGUUGCUAAAUAGAUAACCCCAGUAGAAUAGCUACAGAACUAGCUACAUAAUAUUAAUAAUAAUGUAUCCUUUACUUGUCCCACAAGAGGAAAUUACAAUUUAUGUUGUUAUUACACACAAGCUCAGUACCCAUACAUGCACUAAAUGGAGAAAUGUCAGAGUGAGGGGGCUGUCCAUGGAAAGGCACCCUGAGCAGUCGGGGCUUCUGUGCCUUGCUCAAGAGCACCUUGGCAGUGCGCAGGAGGUGAACUGGCACCUCUCCAGUCUACCACCAUACUUUGGUCCAGACUUGAACCGGUUCCCAACCCAAGUCCCUACGGACUGAGCUCUGCUGAGUUUGCUACGUAUGUAUGUGUCAGGAUAAAUACAGCGGUAGGCUUGAGGCAGAGGAUGAUGAUUGAUGCAGAUCAACAGGUAUUUAUUUCCCCAACAAUUAACACAAAUGUAGACACCAUGGGUGUUUCUCAAUCUGUGUUCUGGACUUGUGUUCUUGUGUUCUUGUUAAACAUCAUGUUCGGUGGCCAAAGUGGCCAAACUGACCCAAUGCAUAAGUUUGCAUUUCGCCAAGAACAGUUUAAAUUCCCAGAUGUGAUCUUGACACGCCCAUUUUACCAAGGAUACAUUGGAUGGUAAGUUGUAUGAACUUGGCAGGGCCAAUAUCCCAGCAUUCAAUUUGGGUGUAAAGCGCGGUCGGUUUCUGGUACACAGAUGCAAAAGAAGUGGUACGUUUUUCACAAUUUACGUCUAUUAUUAAAUCAAUAAUUUAAUUUUCAAGACCCCUCUUGCCCCACAUUUAGACAGACCACUGCAGCCGCAACAAUGGCAGAGAAAAGCCAGGUCCAUAACUGGACAACUGAGGAAAACCAGGGCAUUGAUUGAAUGGCGCAGUGCCAAUGUUUACUGGCAGGAGGAGUACUUCAAAAAGUGGAUGGGAGUGAGUCUGCAUAAUAAUAAUAAUAAUAAUAAUAAUAAUAAUAAUAAUAAGUCUAUCAUUAAAGAUGCCAUUUAUGGCACUCAAUGUCCCCUCCCUUACAAAAAUGCAUGCAAAAAUUUCAGAUUGUAAAAAUAGAUCACAGCCUGCAUUAUUAUGAAUAUUCCAGCAGGAGUUCCACAUGACUUUUUUAAGGGCUUACAUCAGAUGAGAUCAGUACUAAAGCAUACAAUAACCACAAAAGCACCAGGAAGUUUUGAUGUAGUUGUGUUAUGUCAAUGCAUGUGAGUUGUGCAGGUAUUAGUUAAGGUAUAAAUGUAAGGUAAUUUUAUUUUUGGAUACUCAGUAAAUUACACCACGCUCAAAUGUUAUUAUAUUUGUUGUCAGUGCUAGUAGUCUUACUAAUGUCUGUGAGGUUGUCCUGUUUUUUUGUUUUCUGCCUUUGUCCAGUGUCUUCAUAAGCAAGUCUGGCAUGACUAUCACAGUCAAACAGGCCAUGAAGAAAUGGAAUAAUUUAAAAGAGAAAUAUAAGGUAACCUACCAUUGUUUCAGUGGUGAAGUUGUAGGGCAUGCUUGUAAUUUAACAUAGAAUUAAGAAGUUCAUACCAGUAUGUACUAUUUGGACUUGUGGAGAAAACUAAUUAUGCAAAUUUACUAAUGUUAAUUCAUUAAUGUUUAUGUUUAGGAACUUAGGGAUCCUCCCACAGGAAAAGGGGUGGAUGCAGGUGGGGUGACUGCUGCGAUCAGUGGUGAAGUCAGAUGGAUGCAGCACGCCAAGGGCAGACUCAAUAAGUCUGCCUCUGGUAGUUGCUGCAAAUCUGACAGCCACUACAGGUGGGGUUGUCACCUCCCCGUCCUCCUCAUGUCCCAAUGAACAGGCCAGAGGGAAGAGGUGAGGGAGAGAGCAGCAUCUGACAAGGCUGAGAGAUACCUGUUACUCUUUGAGAGUCUAGUUAAUAAAUUAUAAAAUAUUAAAAUAAAAUGUAUUAUUUUAGUUCAUACCUGUCUUUGGUA